GUUUAGUGUAUAAAAUACGGGGUUUAUUCUAUUGCAAACUUCUGAAAGUAACUCUAACUAGUGUCCAUUUACUUAUAAAUUAAUUGAAAUAGAAUCAAAUUCAUUUACAUUGGUUUGUCUGCGUUCAACUAAAUCAGUGAUCAUGAGAUACCUGUGUCUGAACCAAGCCGGGCCGAGGAUUCCUCAACACGCUGAAACGAUGGCUGAAAAUACGACCAAAAGAAAAAUUGAAGAAACUAUGGAGAACUACGAUAUGGCAGGCGUACCCAUGAAGAAGGAAAAACGUUUUCGCAGCGCCUUCACUACCGAGCAGAUCAAGUACCUAGACGUCGAAUUCAAGAAGUACCCCUACAUCGGCAGCGCGCGCCGCAAGGAGGUCUCCAGCGCCCUCAACAUCCCCGAGCGAGCCGUCAAGAUCUGGUUUCAGAACCGGAGGAUGAAAGAGAAGAAAGACGUAACACCCAACACCGAGUGUGACGAACACAAACAUUCCAGAAAAAUAGACGCCGCUAACGACCAAUUAAAUAACGAGUGUACUGUUACAUUAACUAAUAACAGACAUUACGCUUCAUUACCACUAAUUUCGAUCAAGAAUGAGCCACCAGAACACGUCGAUAUUUCGAUAAAAAAGGAAAACGAGUCCUUCUCCGCGACCGAGAACAAAAUACAGAAAGGAAUUGAAGAUCAUCAGCCUGCGGCAGAGUUGCCAACUGAUUUGUAUAAGAAAUAUAACAUUUAUUAUGGAAAUCAAGAAAGCCAGCCAAAGCCUUAUGAAAACGUAGUAGCAUCAACGCCACCUAUAAUGCAAAGUCCUAAAAAUGAAGUUACAUCCACCAGUCUUUAUGAGAAGUUGCCGCACGAUCUGUCACGCAAAAGAAAACAACAGAAACCGAUGAGCGUCGUGCAGAAUACGCCGGGGGGAUAUUUUCCUUUGAACUUGAAGAAGUAUUACACUGAACCAUCGCUCCCAGUUGGGAGUAAUAUGUUGUGGAGGCCUGUUCAAAUGUUGCCAGUGGUUCCGGCGGGAUCUGCCCCGGCGCCUGCGCGGGCGGCUAAGGAGUGCACCUGCGAGUGCAGGUGUCACCCGCCCACGCCGCCGGCGCCGGUCCUGCUGCAGCAAGGCGCCACCAACCCUUUUUCUCAAUAUGUACUCACGGCCCUGCCUCUUCCAAACCCUUAUUAUAAAUAUUGAUGACAAAUACGUUAAAACAGGUGAUUUAUUUAUACGCCUAUAUUAUAACAAUUAGGGUAUUUCCUAAGAGUUCCGUGGAACUGAUACUAUGUCUGCUAUAAAAUCCAUUUUCACAUUUCCAUGGAACAAAUUGGAAGUAUCCUAAGGAUUUAGGUAAAUAUAGUUUUUUCCAAAGAAUAUUUAUAGUUGUAAGUAUUAGCAAUAAUUCACAAUGAUGUUCAAAUACUAAUAAACACACGUUUCUAAA